AUGGCGUUUCAUCAUAAUCACCUUUCUGAUCACCAAGACCCUCCUCUCCAUCACUUUUCCGACCAACAGCAGGCGAGUCAACUGCCGGAAACGAACGGUCCCAAUUGGUUAAACACCACUCUCCUCCGUUCUCAGCAGCCUCAGCCGCACCCUCAGUUUUCCUCCGACACUAACUUUCUUAACCUUCAUACUACUACUUCAGCUCUUGCUUCUGACCCCACCAUGGCUUCCCAGGCUCCUGACCAGUGGCUCUCCCGUACAUCCUCUCCGCUUCUCCAUCGCAACCACAGUGAUGUCCUGUACGACGCUGGUGCCGUUGCGGAAGCAGGGAGAGGAGGCGGAGGGGAAUCGAUGAUCGCCAUGAAAUCGGGUGAUUUCAAGAACGACAUCAACGAUAUCAUAAACAACAAGAUCGAAGGUGUUGUAGCAGAGAGGGGAGGGAGCGGUGGAGAUGGGGUAAUGAAUUGGCACAAUGCAAGGUACAAGGCGGAGAUACUAGCUCACCCUUUGUGCGAGCAACUGUUGUCUGCGCAUGUGGCGUGCCUUAGGAUCGCCACGCCCGUGGAUCAGCUCCCGAGGAUCGACGCUCAGCUGGCUCAGUCGCAGCAUGUGGUGGCUAAGUACUCUACCCUCGGUGAUGGGGCCCAUGGCUUGGUUACCGAUGACAAAGAGCUCGAUCAGUUCUUGACGCAUUAUGUUCUAUUGCUAUAUUCUUUCAAAGAACAAUUGCAGCAACAUGUUCGAGUUCAUGCAAUGGAAGCAGUUAUGGCGUGCUGGGAAAUUGAGCAGUCCUUACAAAGCUUAACAGGUAUUUGUCCAGGCGAAGGAACAGGUGCAACAAUGUCUGAUGAUGAUGAUGACCAAGUAGACUGUGAUGUCAACUUGUUUGAUGGAAGCUUGGAGGGUCCAUCUUCAAUGGGGUUCGGUCCUCUGAUCUUAACAGAUAGUGAAAAGUCUUUGAUGGAGCGCGUGAGACAUGAACUCAAACAUGAACUCAAGCAGGGUUACAAGGAGAAGAUUGUUGACAUAAGAGAGGAAAUUUUGCGCAAAAGAAGGGCCGGAAAACUGCCCGGCGACACAACAUCGGUUUUAAAAGCAUGGUGGCAGUCACAUUCCAAGUGGCCAUACCCUACAGACGAAGAUAAGGCGAGAUUGGUUGAAGAAACUGGUUUACAGUUGAAACAGAUAAACAAUUGGUUCAUCAAUCAGAGGAAAAGGAACUGGAAUAGCAAUCCCUCGAGUUCCACCGUCUCGAAGAGCAAACGGAAAAGGUGAAAACAAUGGUGGUGUAAAUGGAAAGAUUUGUCAAAAGGAACAGCAGAUUUUGGUUGAACAUAAGCACAGAGGAGGAAGGGAG